AUGACUGAUGCACGUGCGUCAUCUAGUUCACUCACGGCAGGAGAAGGGGUGCUGGAGAUGACAGGCACAGAUAAUAUACGGUUUAGCGGGUCAACGCUAGACAAAGCCACCAAAGCCAAGGUCACCUUAGAGAAUUUUUACACGAACCUCAUCACACAACACUUAGAAAGAAAACAGAGGCUCGAAAAAUUAGAAGAGUCUCUGAAAGAUGACAGCCUUACAGAGAGCCAAAAGAAAGAGAAAAGACAACAACAUGCUCAGAAGGAAACAGAGUUCCUCAGACUUAAACGGUCGAGGCUCGGCGUGGAAGAUUUUGAACCGCUUAAGGUUAUCGGACGAGGCGCCUUUGGAGAAGUUCGACUGGUGCAAAAGAAAGAUACAGGCCACGUUUACGCUAUGAAAAUACUCAGAAAAGCUGACAUGUUGGAAAAAGAACAGGUAGCCCACGUUCGUGCAGAACGUGACAUCUUAGUAGAAGCCGACCACCAAUGGGUCGUCAAAAUGUACUACAGUUUCCAAGACCCCAUGAACUUGUACCUGAUCAUGGAGUUCUUACCUGGUGGCGACAUGAUGACGUUACUCAUGAAGAAGGACACCCUCAGUGAAGAGUGCGCACAGUUCUACGUGGCAGAGACGGCACUCGCGAUUGACAGUAUACACAAGCUGGGCUUCAUACACAGAGACAUAAAGCCAGACAACUUACUACUUGACGCGCGCGGCCACAUCAAACUGAGUGACUUCGGUCUCUGCACCGGCCUCAAGAAGAGUCACCGCACAGACUUCUACCGGGACCUCUCGAGAGCAACACCCUCGGAUUUCACUCUACACUUCAAUUUCUCGUAUGCAGUAUCGACGUCGUCGUCGGCCAUGGACUCGAAGCGGCGGGCCGAGUCGUGGAAGAGAAACAGGAGGGCUCUGGCCUACUCGACUGUAGGCACGCCCGACUACAUAGCCCCCGAGGUAUUCCUGCAGACUGGGUACGGCCCGCAGGCGGACUGGUGGAGUCUCGGCGUUAUCAUGUACGAGAUGUUGAUCGGCUACCCUCCGUUCUGUUCGGAGUCCCCUCAGGAGACGUACAGGAAGGUGAUGUCUUGGCGGGAGUCCCUCACCUUCCCGCCCGAGAUACCCAUCAGUGAGGAAGCACGGGAGACCAUAUUACGCUUCUGUUCAGAACCAGACCGCAGAUUGGGUUCUCAACGCGGCAUCGAGGACGUCAAGUCGGUGUCGUUCUUCCGCGGCGUCGACUGGAGCCACGUGCGGGAGCGUCCCGCCGCAAUCUCCGUGGAAGUUCGCUCUAUAGACGAUACUUCUAACUUCGACGACUUCCCAGACGUCAAGCUCGAAAUACCAUCAGCGCCAAUCCCACAAGACGGCGAGGUGGCGUAUAAAGACUGGGUGUUCAUCAACUACACGUUCAAGCGGUUCGAGGGGCUCACACAGCGCGGGACCCCCACCAAGAAGUGA